AAGAAGUUAUUAAGAAGACUAAAGUUCUAGAAUUCACUUCGGAAGAUUUGUAUAGGAAAUUACUAGAAGUUAUGGAGGCAAGAGGGAAAAAGAAUACAGAUAGAUUGGAGCAAAUUAAAAUUCUUCAAAGUUUAUUGGAAGUUGCUUCCACACCUUAUCAACAAAUACGCGUACUGCUUGCUUUGAUUCCUGCUCAAUUUGAUUAUAGUCCUACAAUACUUGAAAAUAAUCCACAUUUCAUAAUUCAUGAGGUUGUUGAUGAUCAAGAAGAGGAUAAGGAGCCAGUAGUUGAGCCUGGUCAAACUUUUGGUAUACGUGGUUCAAUUCUUUCUUUUAUUGAUAGAUUAGAUGAUGAAUUUACAAAAUCUUUACAAAAUAUCGAUCCACAUACUACUGAUUAUGUGGAUAGAUUGAAAGAUGAAACAUUCUUAUAUUCUACUAUUGUUAGAGGUCAAUUAUACUUUGAAAAACAUAAUUUAGCUGAUAACAUAAGUAGACCGGAUCAAGUUAUUCAAACAGUCGAAAAUACAGUGAAUCAACAAAUUCCAUCAGGAAUAUCAUCUACAAUCAUCCCACCCCACUUAACACAAGAUUCUUCAGAUCUUAUUCAUGCUCUUUGUGUUUAUUUGUACAAGAAUGGUGAAUCUUUACUCCGUACACGUGCAAUGCUUUGUCACAUCUAUCAUCAUGCUUUACACAAUCGUUUCUAUACUGCUCGUGAUAUGCUUUUAAUGUCACAUUUGCAAGAUACAAUUCACCAAAGUGAUGUUGGAACACAAAUUUUACAUAAUCGUACAAUGGUUCAAGUUGGUCUUUGUGCUUUUCGUGAGGGAAUGAUUAAGGAAGCACAAAGUUGUUUAAUGGAAAUUUGUGGAAGUGGUCGAGUAAAAGAAUUGUUGGCUCAAGGUUUACAAUUACAAAAAUAUGCACUUCCACCAGAACAAGAAAAAUUAGAUAAACAACGUCAAUUACCAUUUCAUAUGCAUAUCAAUUUUGAAUUGUUAGAAUGUGUUUAUUUGACUUGUUCUAUGUUAUUGGAAAUUCCAAGUAUGGCUGCUGCUGAUUCCAAUCCUGAAGCUCGAAAAAAAAUAAUUAGUAAACCUUUCAGAAAAUUGUUAGAGUAUAGUGAAAAACAAGUGUUUAGUGGGCCAGCUGAAAAUACAAGGGAUCAUAUAAUGGGUGCAGCUAAAGCACUUGCUGUUGGUGAAUGGCAAAGAUCUCAAGAACUCAUUGGUGCUAUAAAAAUAUGGGAUUUGAUGCCUGAGAAAAAAAAGAUAAUAGAGAUGUUGAAUCAUAAAAUUCAAGAAGAAGGUCUUCGCACUUAUCUUUUCACCUACUCCACUUACUAUGCAAACUUGGGACUUGAACAAUUGAGCAAUAUGUUUUCUUUACCUGUAAACAAUGUCACUUCAAUUGUUUCUAAAAUGAUUUGGAAUGAGGAAUUAGCUGCAUCAUUGGAUCAAGUAGAAAAUGCCAUAGUGUUACACAGAGUGGAACCUACAAAAGUUCAACAAUUGGCUUUAAUGCUUGCUGAAAAAGUAGUAACAUUUGUUGAAGCUAAUGAAAAAUUAUUGGAACAAAAGCAAACAACUGGUAACCAAAGAGAUCAACCAAGACAAAGAGGCAAGAAAAAUUUUCAUAUACCAUUUAAAAGCAACAGAACUAAAUUAUCACAACAGAAUUAA